AUGGCUGAUUCAAUGGAACAUGAAGCGAAUAAGCCUCCAGAGGCCCCUGAAUCUGAUGAGGAUAUCCCUCUUAAUUGUGAUUCGGAUGAUGAGAGUUGUCUAAAAAUCCUUCUGAAUAAGGAAGAGAAUAAGCGGUUGCGUGCCCCUUGGAAAUUUGCCAUAAUUGUCAAAUUAUUUGACAAGAGAAUGAGCUAUGAAGUACUGAUUAAAAGAUUAAGGCUGAAAUGGCAUCUCAAGGGGGAUAUUGCUUUAACUGAUGUUGGGAAUGCAUAUUAUGUUGUUCAUUUCAACAAUAUGGAGGAUUAUGACUGGGUGUUAACUCAAGGACCAUGGAUGAUUAAAGACAGUUAUCUAAAGAUCCGUAAAUGGGAGCCGAAUUUUCUAGCAGAUGAAGCUCCGAUUAAGAAGCUGAAUACGUGGGUGCGUAUACCGCAACUGUCAGUGGAAUACAUCGAUAAGCAGUUCUUGUUAAAGAUUAGAUUGAAGAUUGGAAGGGUUAUUAAAAUUGAUAGGAAUACAGAAUCCAUGGAUAGGGGUCAAUAUAUCAGAUUUUGCAUUGAAGUUGAUUUGUCAAAACCUUUGCUAUCAAAGUUUAGAUUAAAUGGCUAUGUAGGGAAAAUUCAAUAUGAGGGACUUCGACAAAUUUGCUUUAAAUGUGGCCAUUUGGGGCACAAGGAGGAUGGCUGCAACCUGUUUAAAUUAGGAGGUGACUUACGGGAGGUCAUUGUUCGAGAGCAAGCUGAUGAUGGUGCGGCUAAAGAAUCUCAUGUUCAUAAGGCUCGGCCAGAAGAAAAAGUCAGAUAUGGAUCGUGGAUGCUAGUCUAG